AUGCCUUCUGUAACAAAAUACAACAGUGUCCACCCGGAAGUCGUGGUUGCUCAUGUGCAGAGCGCCACUGCUAACGGCGAAGAUGAAUAUGAUGAUGACGAUGCGCUAUCUCCUUCUAUCGUGGGCGACUAUGACGAGGAUAGGGAUGAUUGUGAGGAUGACACCAGCGGCACUUCGGAGUCUGAUAUAGACGACGACGACGACGACGACGACGGUGGUGGUGGCUUGGGCGUCAACCCCGAAAGCAGCGACAUUGAGGCAAGCACCACGACGCUCUAUCUCCAUCGUUAG